UUAAAGGUGCUGGCGGCGCCCGCCGAAGACAAGUGCGCCAGCUUCGCGCGCUCCCCAGCGGCCCGCGGGAGGCGACGGACUGCGGAUCCGACAGACGGACGCACCGACGGCUGAGAGCCGGGGCCGAGGGUGGCAGACGAGACUCGCGCGGGCUCCGACGGGCAAGCGGCGGGCAGCGGCUCCAGCGAGCCCGCGGGGCCCGGGUGCCCUCUCCACUCCGGGGCGCACGGCCUCACCCGGAGUACCCCCCGCACGCUCUCCCGCCGGGCAUGCAACCCGCUUAGGACUGAGGGUCGGCGGCGCCUGCUUUCAGGGUUCCGCUCGGCCCCUGCCCAGCGCACCCGGCUGUGCUCCCAGCGCCCGGGGGGCUUCCUGGUGGCGGCGCGGCGCGGGGACUUUUCGCCUCUCGCUGGCCUCUCCCGAGCGCGUCUAUGAGCGCAGCGUUCCCGCCGUCGCUGAUGAUGAUGCAGCGCCCGCUGGGGAGUAGUACCGCCUUCAGCAUAGACUCGCUGAUCGGCAGCCCGCCGCAGCCCAGCCCCGGCCAUUUCGUCUACACCGGCUACCCCAUGUUUAUGCCCUACCGGCCGGUGGUGCUGCCGCCGCCGCCGCCGCCGCCACCCGCGCUGCCCCAGGCCGCGCUGCAGCCCGCGCUGCCGCCCGCGCACCCUCACCACCAGAUCCCCAGCCUGCCCACCGGUUUCUGCUCCAGCUUGGCGCAGGGCAUGGCGCUCACCUCCACGCUCAUGGCUACGCUGCCUGGAGGCUUCUCUGCGUCUCCCCAGCACCAGGAGGCGGCGGCCGCCCGCAAGUUCGCGCCGCAGCCGCUGCCGGGUGGCGGCAACUUCGACAAGGCGGAGGCGCUGCAAGCCGACACUGAGGACGGCAAAGGCUUCCUGGCCAAGGAGGGCUCGUUGCUUGCCUUCUCCGCGGCCGAGGCUGUGCAGGCGUCGCUCGUCGGGGCUGUCAGAGGGCAAGGGAAAGACGAGUCAAAGCUGGAAGACGACCCGAAGGGCAAGGAGGAGAGUUUCUCACUGGAGAGUGAUCUGGACUACAGCUCGGAUGACAAUCUGACUGGCCAGGCGGCUCACAAGGAAGAAGACCCCGGCCAUGCGCUGGAGGAGACCCCGCCGAGCGGCAGCGCGGCGGGCAGCACCACGUCCACGGGCAAGAACCGGCGGCGGCGGACUGCCUUCACCAGUGAGCAGCUGCUCGAGCUGGAGAAGGAGUUCCACUGCAAAAAGUACCUCUCGUUGACCGAGCGCUCGCAGAUCGCCCACGCCCUCAAACUCAGCGAGGUGCAAGUGAAAAUCUGGUUCCAGAACCGCCGGGCCAAGUGGAAACGCGUCAAGGCUGGCAAUGCCAAUUCCAAGACAGGGGAGCCCUCCAGGAACCCCAAGAUCGUCGUCCCCAUCCCCGUCCACGUCAGCAGGUUCGCCAUCAGAAGUCAGCAUCAGCAGCUGGAGCAGGCCCGGCCCUGAGGAUCCAGGGAGAACCCGGGGCCUGGACCACCGCGGAGAAGCCACAGCUCUGGAGGGAACCGCGGUGGCUUCUGCCAUGUUUGAAGCAAAACUCAAAGUCACCCCCACCCAACUUUGGACACCCCAAGCACAUUGAGAGUAUAUUCAUUAAAAAGGCUUAAAAGACUGCUUUUGAAGGGGCUACAGCUACACCUGAAGACACACUAAAUAUUUAUUAUACUAUCCUACUUUGUACAUAGAUAUCUAUAUAAACUGGAUCUCAGCCGCAGUAUUUUGAAAGUCAUAGGACCAAACUACCCAGUAAUAUUCUCCACUCACAUUCCAGAAGAAAAACAAACCCUCUGCUGUAAUCUUCCAUGCAUAGCAGCCUCCUUUCCAUACUUUUCCAAAGGUAAACAUGACACUCCAGAACAAACCAUGGGGUUUACGCUCAUUUUUGGUUCUAUCUUCGUUUUGGGGUUUUUUUGUUUAUUUGUUUUUUUGUUUUUGUUUGUUUUUUGUUUUUUUUUUUUUUUAGUUGACUGAAAAGCAGAUGUUUUGGGGGCAUCCGGGAGAUUUGCUUUGCUUUGGUUUUGCCUGGCUUUCUUUCCUGGGGUUGCACAUCCUAUCUGAGCCAUGUUUGAAGCACGUCUCCGUUGUGUUUAAUUUAUUUCAAUGUAGCUUCUUUUCUUAUAAGUUAUGACAUUUAAACAAUCGCAGUCUUGUGAAUAAUAAAAAGGAGAGAGAGAGAGAGAAGGGGG